UAAAUAAUUCGAGCUAAGGAAAUUCCCGUUUGAGAGAAUCAUGUUUGGGCUCACCCGUCGCGUAGUCUUUCGUGUCUUAAGGCCGAAGACGAUAUGUCGUCAGUUUGCCUCACAAGCCAUCAACCAGAUGCUGAUGCUCCAACAGAUGGACAUCUGUGCGGAUCAGCCCUCGCGCGGUCUGGUCAUCGGCGUCUAUGCCGACGAGGAAGACAAGAACGACGCGGGCAUCCUGACCGCAGCUGGUUGGCGAUACAAUGUCCAGAAGACAAACGGUCGUUUGAUUGAGGUGCUGCGUAUGUCUGGACCGAUGCCGAAGCGCGGAGAGGCUCGCCUCCUGUUCGCCAUUGAGCCGGAGCGAGUUCCCUACUAUUCCGUCGUAGCUGUUGUUGGCUUGGGCAAGGAGUGUCUGGGUUACAAUCCCUAUGAGGUUCUGGAUGAGCAAAAGGAAGCUAUCCGACGCUCUGUGGCAAAGGCCUGUCAGAUUUUAGCUGAGCUCGAUACAGACAGAAUUGAAGUUGAGAAUUGUGGACAUGCAGAGUCUGCAGCGGAAGGAGCUGCCUUAGGUAUUUGGGCCUAUCAAGAAAUGCGCGACCCCAAGACUCGAAUCUAUGUGCCUUCAAUCGAUCUCUAUGCGCUCAAAGAUGAGCCCUGCGAUAUAGAAGGCUGGCGCAUCGGACUGCAGAAAGCUGCUGCACAGAACCUGACCCGGCAGCUUCAGGAAAUGCCUUCCAAUCUACUGACACCAACAGCAUUCGCCCAGAAUGUUGUGGAGGUUCUGUGUAAAUCAGGUGUGAAUGUGGAAGUCAAGGUAGAGGGAUGGGCCGAGAGUCAGUCGAUGCAUGCCUUCCUUGCAGUUGGCAAAGCCUCUUGUGAACCGCCCAUCUUCCUCGAACUGAGCUACUACGGCACUUGUGCGGAGGAGCGUCCCAUUGUGUUGGUCGGACAAGGCAUCACCUUUGAUGCCGGUGGCUUGUGCCUCAAAGAGCGCGAGGAGUUGUACCAUAUGCGAGGUGAUAUGACGGGAGCUGCUGUUGUGGUGGCCACCUGUCGCGCCGUAGCAGGGCUGCGUUUGCCAGUCAACAUUCGCGGUCUCAUYCCACUUUGUGAAAAUGUGGUUGGUUGCAAUUCRUUCCGUCCCGGMGACAUGGUCAAGUCGAUGAAUGGCAAGACCAUUGAAGUUCAGUGUACCGACCAUGAGGAUGUUCUAGUUCUAGCUGAUGCAUUGCUCUAUGGCCAGAACUUCUGCCCCAAGUGCAUCAUUGACAUUGGCACCUGCUCGGGCUACAUGCGCCAAGCYUUAGAUGAGGCUGCGUGUGGCGUCUUCACCAAUUCUGAAAUCCURUGGCAACAGAUCAAACAUGCCAGCAUGCAUACCGGUGAUCGCGUCUGGCGUUUCCCUCUAUGGAACUACUACAGCAAAGCCGUCCGUGCCGGACAGCGUAGCGAUGUGCAGAACUACGGCAUUGGUCGUGGCGGACGCCCCUGCAAGGCGGCUGCUUUCCUGCGUGAAUUUGUGCCUUGCGGACAGUGGAUGCAUAUUGAUGCGACCAAUGUGAUGGUGACAAAUGGCAUAGAUUUCGAAUACUUGCGUCGUGGCAUGGCUGGUCGACCUACCCGGACGUUAAUUGAGUUUAUUGCCCAGACCAUCUGCAAGGAUACUGCUCCGAAGAUGGGAAAAUAGAAAAGUUCUCGUAUUUCUUGUGAAAUUCAAUUGUACGCCAUUUUCCAGAUCGUAGGUCGUGGUUAUCAAAUUAAUCACACGGUGGUGGACGGAAGUGUUUUCUAAAUGGAUAUGUUUUGUAUUUCGUUUUCCGUUUUCCGAUAUGUUCAUAAAUUACUAGUUAAAUUAUAUUGUAAAAA